GCUGAUGUGUUAUUCCUUCUCUGCCUCGAAGGAUCAGGAAGUUUGUGCUCUCUGCGUGGCUGAGAAGUUUUUACCUACUAGGCCGAGGGGGGGGGAGGGGGGAGGGACGUGGGGGAACCAGGUGUCCCCCCCCUAAAAUAGAGCGCAAGCCGCUCCCUGUGUCCGGCCGUAACCCAGGAGUAACGUCAGAAACAGGUGAGAAUGACCACUUUAACUCACCGAGCCCGUCGUACUGAAGUAGGCAAGAGCUCUGAAAAGAAGGUGGAAUGUGAGGAAGACACUAAUCAAGACAGGGGUCCAGACAAUGAAGACUCUGGUGAUUCUAAAGAUAUUCGCCUCACCCUUAUGGAAGAAGUAUUGCUCCUGGGACUAAAAGAUAAAGAGGGUUACACAUCUUUCUGGAAUGACUGUAUAUCAUCUGGCCUGCGAGGGGGCAUCCUGAUAGAAUUGGCCAUGCGGGGUCGAAUCUGUCUGGAACCCCCUACCAUGCGUAAGAAGCGACUACUGGACAGAAAGGUACUGCUAAAGUCAGAUAGCCCAACAGGGGAUGUUUUACUGGAUGAAACUCUCAAACACAUCAAAGCAACUGAACCCACAGAAACCGUCCAGACAUGGAUAGAGCUACUCACAGUCUUCUGUUUUUUUUUCCCCAAAGGUGAGACCUGGAACCCCUUCAAAUUACAGUACCAGCUGAGAAAUGUAAGAGAGCGAAUUGCAAAGAAUCUAGUAGAGAAGGGUAUUCUAACCACUGAGAAGCAGAAUUUCCUCCUAUUUGACAUGACUACUCAUCCAGUGACCAAUACAACAGAGAAACAGCGACUAGUGAAAAAACUUCAAGAUAGUGUCCUAGAGCGGUGGGUAAAUGACCCUCAACGUAUGGACAAGCGAACACUAGCACUCCUGGUGCUAGCCCACUCCUCUGAUGUACUAGAGAAUGUCUUCUCCUCUCUGGCGGAUGACAAGUAUGAUGUGGCAAUGAAUCGAGCCAAGGACCUAGUAGAACUGGACCCUGAAGUGGAGGGGACAAAGCACAGUGCCACAGAGAUGAUCUGGGCUGUGCUGGCAGCCUUCAAUAAAUCCUAAAACCAGUGGGUGGGUUUCUCCUUUUUCCUCUGCUGGCUGAUGACUAUCAGAGACACCACACUGAGUUUUGUGUGAUGAGAUGUUUUUCAUUUUUUUCCUUCUCUUGAAUCAGAUUUGUGAUUUGGGGAAAGCAACUUUAGGGCUUCUCCAUAAAUUUUGGCCAUUGUAAGCAGAUUUUAUUUCUCCUUAUUUUUCCACUACAGAGGUGAAUAAACUAGUUGAACCCAUA